CUUACUAUUGCUAAAGACAAAUAUAUGUAUUUUCAUGUUUAUAUCGAUUGUAUUUUGGAUUGCAGAGUGUAACGAAAAUGCUUCCGGAAAUAAGUCCGACACUUGUACAAGAGGUGAUUGAAGGGUUCAGCCUGUUUGACAAGCACAACCAGAACGGUCUUGAUAUUCACGAGCUUGCAACGGUGUUUCGAGCCCUUGGGCAGAAUCCCACGGAUGCCGAGCUGCACGAAAUCAUGCGAAACUACGAUGUGAACCGCGAUGGGGUCAUACAGAAGGAAGAUUUCGAGCAGAUGAUUCUGUCCUACAUGAAGCCAAUGGUGCAGGUACAGGAGGAAUUGAGGGACGCAUUCAGAAUAUUCGACAAGGACGGCAGCGGGUUCAUUGACAAGACAGAGCUGGAGAGUGUAUUGAAGAAGUACGGGGAGCCCCUCACCCAUCACGAGUCCAAGGAACUCAUAGACCUUAUGGACAAGAACGGAGACGGCAAGGUGGAUAUGGACGAGUUUGUGAACUUUUUAUGCGAAGUGGAUCGACCCAACUUUUUCCUUACGCACUAUCCACAUCACGUGAAGCUGAACGUGACAGACGAAACAAAGAAAACGUGA